AGAACGAAUGUUAUUACCGGAUGAGAAGGAAUUUUGUUGAUAUGAAUUAUCGGAUACGCUUUUGUAAUUGCUUUAUAGAAUAAUAAAGAUUGAAAAAUUUCUGACUGAAACAGUUAUUAGAUGAAAUUUACUUUUAUAGAUUGAAUAAUGGGAGAGAAAAUAUAAAGAGACAAACUACAAGACGAAGGAUAAGAAGAGAAAAACAGAGAUAGAGUGGGAUACAACCUGUUUGCCUGUUGAAUCUAUUAACCAGUCUAAUUUAUAGGACGAGCAGUUGUCAGUCAGUUACCACCAAGCUAAGCUUAUUUGCAGAGAAAAUUAGAAAAGAUAAUGGAUGAAACAGCUCCGAAAAGUGCCUUAGAAUUGCCACCAAGAUACAGAUUCAGGGAUUUAAUCCGGGGAGAAAAUCCAAAAGAAGAGUUGGAUGAUAGGGUGCGAGUGGAAUUCUUUACGAAUGAAAAAUCAUUCAAGGAAAGACUCCAAGUAUAUUUUAUAAAAAAUCAAAGAUCAAGCCUAAGAAUAAGAUUGUUUAAUCUAUUUAUAAAAUUGUUAUCAUGCGUAUUAUACAUAGUAAGGGUUAGUAUGGAUAAUCCAAAAACUAUUGAAUGCUAUCCAGUACCAUUUCAAUCGGAAACCUGUUGGAAUUUUACAAAAUCCGAAAUGCCAGCCGAAUUAUUUAGACAAAAUCAAACUAUCGAUUGGAAAUUACUGUUGUGGGUGAAUAGAAAUCAAUGGCUUUGGGCUAUACAAGUGACUGUUGCUAUAAUUAGUCUAGCGGAACAGUUACUCUUGACUUACCUUGGCUAUAAAGGCAACAUCAUCCAGCAAAUUUUAAGUCCAGUAUUCUUUCUCGAAAUAGUUAAUACAGUACCUUUUAUUAUUACGAUUUUCUACUUUCCAAUACGAAACUUGUUUGUUCCCGUCUUCUUAAACUGUUGGUUGGCUAAAGCUGCUUUGGAAAGUAUGUUUGUAAGUAUUUUUGUUUUCUAUUCAUCAAAUUCUUCUGACAAACUACUGUACUAACCCAUUCCAUAGUUCCUUUUCAUUUAGUCGUCUGUUGGCUAGGUCUAUCUUUUUCUGUCUGAUCUCGUUCUGUUUCAGUCUCUCUUUAGCUGCGAGACAAAGUGAAAAAUUUAUAUAAAUGUAUAUAUUUUUUUCUUAUCCAGAAAAGCCUUAGCUCGAGUUUGAUGCAUGAUUCGCUUAUGUACAAAAUUGUCUUGCUUGUCGUCAUGAAUAUUUGUUUCUUCUUUACCGGGUGAGAUUUCUUUGCAGAAUCAGCAUCACUCUUGUUCCAUUACAUCUUUUCAAUUGAUUACUCUUAUUAUUUUAUUAAAUGCUUAAUUAAUUAAUUAGUUAAUUAACUAAUUAACAUAUUUAGUAGAUAACGUGCUAUAUUAAUAUAUGCAUGUAUACAGAACACACUGUGUAUAGCGUAAUGUGUGUGUGUGUGUUGAGUUUAUUGUUUUGUUUUAGCUUUUCACACUAACAAUAUAAAUGAUAAGAUCUUUGCUUUGUUAUUAACGAAACACGUAUUGCUUAACUGAUUGACUUUUCCUCACAGAACGAUUUACAUAGAGCCAUGCUCAAGUCUCAGUCUGCUCUCUCGCAUCACAUGAUGAUCCUAAUAGCUACUUUUCUCUGCCUUUUUUUCACUAGGUAAUUCUAAUUGACUAAAUUUAUGCACGCUUUUAGAGUAAGAUAGUUGUUUACCAGUUUACAAGUUUAUAAUAACGAAUUGGCAGACUAUUUCUUCAAUUCAUUCCAUUCCCUUUCUCUCUGUCUCUUUCUCUUUAUCUUUAUUUCUCCUCGUUUUAUUUAUCUAAAGCCGUUUACCUUGCUAGAAAAUUGUUAAAAAGAAAAUAAGGCUUUACUUCUUACUCCUUUUUUUAUCCUUUAUGUUUUUUACAUGCAAAGAAACUUUAAAAGAAAACAGGAUAUUUCCUACUACGGGAAUUUUAUCCUGGUUUAACUUUUAGCUAAUCUUUUGUUUUUAUAAAAAAAAAGUCCGUUAUCUUUUAUACACGACAAAACAUGUAUUAUUUAUACUGUUCCUCUUUAUGUUAAAAAGCUAAUGCAAGAGUGUUAAGCGAUUUCUAUUCUUCUCUCUUUCUACAUUUAUUUAAAACUGCAGAAUAUGUAGAGUGUUUCUUCUUUCUUUCUUUUUUUUAUCCAUUCUCUCUCUCUGUCUCUCUCUCUCUCUCUCUCUCUCUCUCUCUCUGACUGAUGAGCCUGAGAAAGCACGUUACUACGUUACUUUAUACAGCAAUUGCUUCAAGCUGUUUCAUUUUGAUUGAUAUUUUUUAAACGAGCCCCAGUUCGACUUUUCCAGCAAUACUUUGAAGUAGAAAAGGCAAAAGAAUGAUUACUUUACCUAAUCUACAGACUUUUCUCUUUAAAGAAUAAUCUAAAACAAAAUAUUUUGCAGUAGGGUACUGUAAAGAUUAAACUAGACUGCAGUAUAUAUCAACCUCAUUGUAUAUCAUAUACUAAAUAGUUAAUAGAAACGGAACAAAAAGGUUAAUAAUUCAUAUAUUUACUUAUAUAGUUAUCAAGCUUUUUUUAUUUUUUUAUUAUUUAUGAGAAGACGGAGAGAGGAGAGAGAGAUUUAAGCUUUUUUCCUACUCAUUCUUUCUCUCUCUUUCUCUCUCAUUUCCUAUACAGGAUUUGACACUUUUCUGUUGCUGAUAAAAAAAAGGCCUUAGGAAAGGGGAGGGGUAAGGAGAGGUUCAACAUUUUCAGUCUUCUUCCUAUUUAUAGAAAUCGUACGAAGCUAAUUAAUCGACAACAGAAGAUUGGACAAGUUUUUCUCUAUUCUAUAAAAAAAGAAGAAAUAUUAACUUAUCAAGUAAAUGACGAAGUUUGAAAAUAUUGAAGAAAUAGUAUUAAAUGAUGUUUUACUCGCACCGUUUUCCAGAUACGAUCAUAUCUGAUUAAAUAGAAUAUUAAGAUAGGAGAAGAGGAGCGGAGAAGAAUGAUAAUUUACUAUCAAUAUCUUUCGUGUAUUUUAUAAUAGUAUAUUGAGCGUGAGAGAAACAUAGACAGACAGACAGACAGAUAGAUAGAUAGAGAGAUAGAGAGAUAGAUUAUUAUAGAGGGUAGUAUAGGGGACACAAGUAGGGUUUAUAAACUAUGUAUAUUCUAUAUUUAUCCAUAUUACAACUAUUUACUUGGUAAACAAUUUACGGACGAGAAGUAAGGAAAUGGGAAUAGGCGUCUAAAAAUUAAUGCUGUAUAUACAGUAUAUAUUUAAACAUAAUUAAAUUGCCUAAGCGAACACUUUUCGUUCUUUCUUAUUAAGUAACAUUAAAAGGAGUUGUUGAGAGGAACAGAUUUGUCUUUUCUAAUUAGUUCAUCAUUACGUAAUUCAAUUCACUUUGCCUCCUAUCUUUCGUGUAUUAUUUAUGAAAUACAGUUGGUUUUUCUCUUAUUUUAAUUAGUAUUUGCGGCAUCCAACACCUACAAAGGGCUGGUAAUCGUCAGAUGGAUCUUAUAGACUGCGUCUGGUAUGUUAUUGUAACUUUUUCUACUGUUGGAUAUGGUGACGUCGUUCCUGAUAUAUGGCCAAGUAAAGUAUUUAUGAUGUUGGUUAUUAUCGCUGCUCUUAUUGUACUUCCGACGCAAGUCGAGCAAUUGGCAUUUACUUGGAUUGAACGCCAGAAGCAAGGAGGAACGUAUAGUAGUCACAGAGCUCAAAAUGAAAAGCACGUUGUUCUUUGUACGACAACCUUACACGCCGAUGUAAUUAUGGAUUUUCUCAACGAAUUUUACGCUCACCCUAAACUGCAGCAUUACUACGUUGUCUUAUUAUCUCCUUGCGAAUUGGAUGCUACAAUGAAAAUGAUACUUCAAGUUCCCAUAUGGGCGGCUAGAGUAAUCUAUAUACAAGGAUCUGCCCUGAAGGAUUCAGAUUUAAAUAGGUGUCGAAUGCAGGAAGCCGAAGCCUGUUUUGUCAUUGCCGAAAGAAAUAUUACUGAUAGAACGGCUGCCGAUCAGCAUACAAUUCUCAGGUCUUGGGCUGUAAAGGAUUUCGCUCCAUACGUUCCACAGUACGUUCAAAUGUUCAGACCCGAGAAUAAGAUUCACGUUAAAUUUGCCGAACACGUUGUUUGUGAGGAUGAAUUCAAAUAUGCCUUAUUAGCUAAUAAUUGUCUCUGUCCCGGUACUUCGACGCUCGUUACCCUUCUUUUACAUACGUCGCGAGGAGCUGAAGGGCAGAGUUCGAAUGAAAAUUGGAUGAGAUUGUACGGUAGAUGUUCCGGAAAUGAAAUCUAUCAGAUUGUCUUGGGAAAAUCGAAAUUUUUCGAAGAAUACGAAGGAAAGAGUUUUAAUUAUGCCUCAUUUCACGCUCAUAGGAAAUACGGUGUUGCAUUGGUUGGAAUUAAGCAACAAGAUAUUUCCGGUUCUACCAUCCAAUUAAAUCCGGGACCUAGACAUCUAAUGAAAAAGACGGAUUUGUUAUUUUAUAUGAGCAUAACAAAGGAAGAAAAUACAUUCGUUCAAUCAAAUCAAAAUCAGGAGAAAUUAACUUCUACGAAUAGAGCAGCUUCAAACGUAGCAAACAUUGAUAGUCCCAGUUCAGCUCAAGCCGAAGUUCGUAAAGACUUUUUAAAUGUUCCUACCGAAGCCAUGAAGAGAAAGCCGAGUAUCGCCACUAUUCCACCAAUUUGCGAACAAGAGUGUAGAGAAAAUGAAGGUGCUCAAACGAGCGAAGAGUCUAGUGACGACGACGACGAUAAUUACGUAAAAGGUUUCCCACCGGUAACGCCGUAUAUCGGAACAAGUCCAACGCUGUGCCAUUUAAUGAGAAAUAAACGUCCACUUUGCUGCCUUCAGCUAACUUCGGCCUGCUCGCAUUGCUCCUAUAAGACGGCAACGGAUUACCAAUGGACAAACGGCGCCGUCAUAGUUAUUGCCGAUUACGCCAGUAAUGGCUUAUAUAAUUUUAUUAUACCCCUAAGAUCUCACGCCAGACCUAAAAAGUCUUUAAAUCCAAUUGUCCUACUCCUUGAGAAAAAACCCGAUCCAAAGUUUUUAGAUACUAUUUGCUACUUACCAAUGGUUUAUUGGAUCAUGGGCUCGAUGGAUAAUCUAGAUAAUUUACUAAAAUCCGGCAUUAAUCUUGCCAAUAACGUUAUUGUCUCCAGUAAAGAGAGUUCCAACGCGCAGGAUGAGGAUACGCUAAGUGACUGCAAUACGAUUGUGGCUGUGCAGACUAUGCACAGACUCUUUCCAAAAGCUAAUAUUAUUACCGAAUUAUGCCACGCCAACAAUAUGAGAUUUAUGCAGUUUAGAGCCAAAGAUUCAUUCUCGCUAAGAGUAUCGAAAAUGGAAAAGAAGGAAAAAGAAAGAGGUUCUCACCUAUACUAUAUGUUUAGGUUGCCUUUUGCGGCAGGAAACGUCUUUAGCGCUAGCAUGCUAGAUGGAUUACUCUAUCAGGCAUUCGUUAAAUCCUACCUUAUUACCUUCAUAAGACUGCUGCUAGGAAUCGAUCAAGCCGUUGGAUCUGGACAUCUAAGCAGCAUGAGAAUAAAACCGGAAGACCUAUGGUUGAAGACCUAUGGAAGAUUAUAUCAGCGUCUCUGCUCUACAACCUGCGAAAUACCCAUUGGUAUAUAUAGAACUCAAAAACUGGAAAAAAGAGAUCCGGAAGUUUCUAGCCCACCUACCUGGAGAUUUAGAAAUUCGUUUAGAAGGAGUCGAAAAUCUAAAUCGUCCUCAUCGCGCUAUUCUACCUCUCAAAUACACGACGAAGCCGCUAUAGAGCAUCAGGAAAUCAUCCAGAUGGUUCAGAGUAGAAUGCUGUCGCUGGAUAUGUCACCCGACGCUUACACUCAUAUGAACCCUAGACGAAACACUACAUCGUACGUUAUUAUCAAUCCAGAAUAUGAUCUGGAGUUGAUCGAAGACGACAUUAUAUAUCUAAUCAAGCCAAGUUCCCUUUCUCCUCAAGCUUCGCCGUUGAUCGACGAAAGAAAGAUAAAAGAGAUGAAAAGACAAGAGCCUCCUGGAGCUGAGAAAGAGCUAAUGCCAACGACGGCUUUUCAUAUAAAAAUAGAAGAUCACGAUCAAGUAGAAGAUGCUCCCCUAAGUGGAACAAUUGUAUAAUUUGAAUAGAAAUACAGACUCUUACCAUACUAUUAUUAUUAAUAGCAUUGCAGUAUACAAUAUACGUAUAUACCUUUUACAUAUGUGCCAAUGUAUUGUAUACUGUAUUUUAAGACAAAUUGUCUCAUUUAUGCCGUUUCGUCCUAUGUAAUUUAAAUGUUAUUCGUCUUUAUAUCCUACAGACAACAACAUUGCAACGCUUAAAAAUCUAAACAGACACUGUUAUUAGGGAUUUACUAUGUUUUUAUUUAUUUAACUAUUUAAUCAAUUAAUUGAUUAAUUGAUUGAUUAAUUAAUUUUAUUUAAUCAUUCAAUCACUUGCUUACUUCUCUAGUUUUUUCAUUCGCUCAGUCACUCACUAAUUCAUUCAUUCCUUCUUUCUUUCUUUCUUUCUUUCUUUCUUUCUUUAUCUCUUAAUUUUUGAUACGAAAACGAGGGAAAAUUGACUGUUAUUUAAUAUGUCCCACAGUGAUGAGUUUAUCGACUUUUCUCUUAAAAAAUACAGUGAUAUUCAUUUAAUUAAGCCUACUGCAUUAAUUAUUACUACAGCCAGAUAUGAUAGAAAGAUGGAUGAUAGAUAAGAGAGAUAGAGAGGAAGCGAAUAUAUAAUUAAUCUUGUUUUUAUUUCACCUCUCUUCGCUGUAAACUUUUAAAAAUAACGCAAGAAAAGAUGCGGAAGAAGAGGAAGAAGAGAAAGGCUAAGAAUAUCAUAAACCUACUCUAUUUUACGAGAUAAAUUAAGUAUAUUAAAUGAAGGGAAAAUGUAGAAAGUACUUUGUAACCGAUCCUUUCUCUUCGAUAUUAUUAUUGGCAAGGUCGACGUCACCGUCGUUGUUGUGUUGUUGUUGUUGUUACUUCUGAAGAGAAAAUUAGAAAACUAAAAAGGAGAAAGCCGUCUCAGAAGAUCUUAGAGGAGAGAAUUAAGUAAAAUAGAAAUUAUAGGCUUAAUCAUUUCUAUUGUUUCCUUGUCAAUUAACUACUCUUUCAAGAGUCUACAACUUAUCAUAAAGUGGCUUAGCCACAGUAUAUAAUUGUCAUAUUUACUCUUAAUACUAUUUAUAUAAUCGCUAAUCCGGC